ACCCUCCACCCCCGCGUACUCUGCUCUUGACCCCUUUGCGCCGAGCGUCCCCGCGAAUUCGUCCGCGGCUGCGACCUCCAGCGGAAGCGGAAUGUCGGCGGGAGCGGUUGCGGGGAUUGCGGUGGGAGUGACGCUGGGGUUCGUGGGGCUGGUGGUGCUGGGGUUUUACUUGUUUUUCCUGCUGAGGCAGAAGAAGGACAAUAAGAGAGGCGACGAGAAGAAGGGCGGCAAAGCAGGCGGUUCGACCAAAGCCAGCAAGGUUCCGUUCUACGCAGCGCCCUUCAAGACGCACGGUAAGCCAACCGGCAGUCCGGCAAGCGCGGAAGUUCAGGACGGCGGAGAAUCCGGAGCGGCGGCAGAUGCGGCAGGAGUAGCGGCAGCGGCAGCAGUAGGAGCAGGAGUAGGAGCAGUGGUUGCUGGCUCUGCUGUAGGAUCCGCCCCCGGUGACAGUGCAGCGUCCGCGCCUGCUGUACCUGACGUGGCCGCUGCUAGCGUGGCAGGCGCAGGGACUGCUGGUGGCGCGGUGAGCGCUCGACCCAACGCAAGUCCGCCGUCUGCUAAAGCCGGGGGAACCCUGACUCCCCCCCCCGGUUCCGCUGGGGGCGCGGGUGGUGCAAGCCCACUGGCGAACGCCGCAGGGGGCGCAGCGGCGGCCGCAGGCACGGGUUCGACCACCGGUUUGGCAGCAGGUUCGGCAACAGCUGCCAGCUCAGCAGGAGGAGCUGCGCCAGCUGCGGGUGCGGUUGCGGGUGCUGCGGCGGGAAUUACCGCAGGAACGGUAGUCGGGGCGGCAGCUGCCAAAGCAUUGGCAGCAAAGACUCCGGCAGCGACGAAAGCAGCUGCUACUCCUGGCGCGGGCGCUGCUGCAGCGGGCGCAGCUGGUGCGGUUGGCGCGGGGGUGGUCGCAGGGGCGGCGGCAGCAAAGGCAGGAAACGACGAGGACGAAAUCGAUCCGUCGGAGCAGUGGUGGUUUCCGCCUGAGGAGCUCGACCAGGCUACUGAGCGCUUCGCGCUUUCGAACAAGCUCGGAUCGGGAACUUUCGGAACGACGUAUAAGGGGGUGCUGGAGGACGGGCAGGAGGUUGCGGUGAAAGUGCUGAAGGUGAAGGGUUCGCUGAGCGACGCGGCGUGGAAAAAGGAUGCGGAGGAGAUUUUCGUUAUUCAGCACGAAAACCUGGUUGCUUAUUUGGGUUACUGUCUCGCGAGCUCGCAGCGAAUGGUGGUGCAGGAAUUUGUCGCGAACGGGUCGCUUGACGCGGCGCUGCAUGGGGAUAACAAGCCAAUCCUGGCGUGGAAUUUCCGCAUGAAGAUCGCCAAGGGCGCCGCGAGGGCCCUCGCAUUUCUCCACGAAGAGUGCACUCCCCACAUUAUUCACAAGGACCUCAAGGCAUCUAACAUCCUGCUUGAUGCCCAGUACGAGGUCAAGCUAAGUGACUACGGAGCAGCUAAGCUUGCAGGAGAUGCUGCCAUCCCCACCAUCUCUGGGUCUGCCGGCACCUAUGGCUAUUUGGCGCCCGAGUAUGCACUCACAGGCAAACUCACAGAGAAGUCGGAUGUGUACUCGUUUGGAGUGAUCCUGCUGGAGCUCAUAACGGGGAAGAAGCCGUGUGACAAGCAGCGGGCACAGAAGGACAGUCUGGUUGAAUGGGCUCGGCCACUUCUCGCCUCCAACACGCUGAAGGAGCUGGCUGACCCGAACCUGGAUGGCUGCUUUGGAGUGAAGGAGAUGGAUCGUGUUAUUGUGGCAGCCUCUCAGUGUGUGAGGCAGUCGGCUGUCCUUCGACCAAGCAUGAGCCAGGUAUUACGCCUUCUGGACCAGCUGUGAGUGCAGUGGUAGUUGGACGGUUAGUCAAGCAUUAGGCAAAUGUUUUUUUAGGCUGUAAUCCAAAGCUAGGUUUGGAAUUGUAGUAGGCAUGCUCCAAAAUAAGCACCAAGUGCAAUUGGCUUGUAGUAAGUGGCUGUUAACGUAUAACUGGACUGUCAUGUAGUUGUGAGCUGUGGGUAACGGGUUCUAUAUUUCCGAGAAACAAAACCAAUAUGUUCGGGUUCAUCGGAUAUUGACGUUAGGUCAGCUGUAAAUAUGUCUCUGCACUUACGAUGCCCGAUCUCUAUCU